AUGAGUGGAUACCAGAGGUCAUCACGUGAUGGCCACCAAUCGCGCCAUUCAUCGACAUCUCGCGGACACACAUCCAGACAUCAACAGCGAGGCUAUGGAGAGGAGACUGAGGAGGAAUCGGUGUCGAGCCAUGUCUUCAAUUACCACAAAUACAGAUACGAUUUGAAUAAAAUGUUUUUCAUGGACAACACGGCCGCCGGCGAAGACGAACAGCCUCUAAGAGUGGGGACCAAAGAAUACGAAGACUUUUGGACUUUUCUCAAGAGAUAUCAGACAUCGGAGGCGAAGGCCAUCGAAGAAGGCCGCGAGAAGAAGUAUUACGAGUCCAUUGAACGCAAGAUCGUUGACCUCGAGCUCAAGAUACCGGAGAAGUGGCGCGAUGUGCGCGAACUCGUGGCCAAGACAUCGGUGGUGAACGAUAUGGACGACCGGUACUACCGGACUAAUAGUCUGGGCGUCGAUCGCGUCCGAGAGUUUCGUAACGUUUGUGUCCUGUAUUUGGAUUUUCUGGACAAACAGCGGGCGAAAGCGUUGGAAGCGUUGAGACAAAUGCAAAUGGAUUUACCGAUCUAUCAGUUCAGGGAUCAGAUACUGGACGCCGUGUCGAAGCACUCGGUUCUGCUGAUAGCGGGCGACACCGGGUGUGGAAAGUCGACUCAAGUGCCGCAGUAUCUGUUGUCCGGCGGCUAUGAGAACAUAUGCUGUUCUCAACCCAGACGUAUAGCCUGUAUAUCAUUACGAAAACGUGUCGCUUAUGAGACACACAACGAGUUCGGGACACAAAUCGGUUAUCAGAUCCGAUUCGAGAGAAGCAAAUCAAAGCACACGAAGAUCCUAUUCCUCACCGAAGGCCUACUCCUGCGUCAGGUGUCCACCGAUCCGAUGCUCGCCAACUACAACGUGAUCAUCUUGGAUGAGGUCCACGAGCGGCACCUGUCAUGCGAUUUCCUAUUGGGUGUCAUGAAGUGUCUGAUCCAUCGCCGCUCGCAUGACCUCAAAGUGAUUUUAAUGUCGGCCACUAUUAAUAUCCAACUCUUCAGCGAAUACUUUGGGAACUGUCCGGUGAUUCAAGUGCCCGGACGUCUUUACCCGAUUGAUGUCCAGUACUUCCCGAUACCAAAGGUUAAGUUCAGCGCUCACGAGCGGUCGUCGCGAACCGACGGCAGCCCUUAUAUGCGUAUUCUUCAGAUGAUUGACGACAAGUACGACCAGAAAGAAAGGGGAGAUUUGUUAGUGUUUUUGAGCGGUUUGUCUGAAAUUAAUUCCGUCGGCGAUCUGCUGAAGGACUACGCGAAACAGACCCAGAAGUGGAUCAUUCUAUACCUCCACAGCUCGCUAUCGAUCGCAGAACAGGACAAAGUGUUUGACGUAUCGCCAGAAGGGGUCCGCAAAUGCAUUCUGUCCACGAAUAUCGCGGAGACAUCGCUGACCAUCGAUGGCGUGAGGUUUGUGUGCGAUUCGGGGAAAGUGAAGGAAAUGAGUUUUGACGCCACGAGUCGUAUGCAACGCCUGCAGGAGUUUUGGAUCAGCAUUGCUUCGGCCGAACAGCGCAAAGGCCGCGCCGGCCGUACGGGUCCCGGGGUUUGCUAUAGACUCUACUCCGAGGCCGACUUCAAGGCCUUUCAGCACAACUCUCAGCCAGAGAUCAGACGCGUUCCGCUCCACUCACUGCUGCUUCAGAUGAUAUCAAUGGGUUUACCGGACGCCCGAAAGUUCCCAUUCCUGGAACCGCCGGCUCUUAAGAGCAUCGAACAAACGAUCGACAGUCUGAAGGAACAGUCGGCUCUAACCGCCGAUGAAUGCCUGACACCGAUGGGCAAAAUGCUGGCCCGACUCCCGGUCGACAUAACGAUCGGCAAAAUGCUUAUUCUUAGUUCGGUGUUUGACUUAACGGAUCCAAUACUGUCGUUGGCGGCGGCGCUCAGCGUUCAGUCGCCGAUCACUAACCAAUCCAUUCACGACAGAGAGGCCAUCGACGCCAGGCGUCCUCUGCAGUCGCCAGAAGGCGAUCCCUUCACUCUAUUGAAUGCGUACAACAAAUGGCUGGAAAUCAAGUCAGAGCAGCAGAACUCGAAGAAGUGGUGCCGACAGCGCGGCCUCGAAGAGCAACGCUUCUACGAAAUGACAAAAUUGCGCCAACAAUUCAAGGAUAUACUCAAAGAGACGGGUCUGUUGGACACCAGCGGUGGCGCCGCCGAUGUCUCGAGGUAUGAGUCGAGCGCCGAUCGGAUCCGAAGACACGGAGAGGUUAAACAAUUGCGUCAAUUGAAGAGAGAAUACGACAGAAAAGCGCCCAAAAGGCGGAAAAUGUUGAAACUGGACGGCGAGGACAGGGAUGACGGCUCCGGCGAUGAGAAGCACAUCGAUGUGAAAGACGUUGAGUUCAGAUUAUCCCACGACCGAAGACAAGUGCAGGUAUUAAUUGAU